UAGACUUUUGUCUGUGCAGAUUUCGUAUUCCUAAAACGUUAAUCGUAGGCUAUUGGAGGGCGGUCUUAAAUCGAAAGAAGUAAUUUCCGUAAACACCGUUUACGAUUGGUUGGUUAAAGAAACCCUUUAAUUUACUAGUUUAAAUGAACAAAUGUGUGGCUUACAAGUGCCUCCGUUAACAUGAAUAGGCAUACAGUCAUGGAUAGAGGAGAUAACAGGCAGAGACGCACAAGGAGUGCGCGAGAUUGCAAAAGAACUGGAACUCAAGACACGUCGGAGAAAAGGGAAAUUUCAGACGUGCUCAGAUCUCUGAGUGUGGGAAAUACAGAAGAAAAAGAUGUAAUGGAGGACGACAGUUGCCUUCUCAAAAGUGGGAGCUUGGAGCACAGGGUCAUGGCUCCCCGCUAUAGCUUGUUAAGUGAGAUUGGACGGGGCAGUUAUGGCGUGGUUUAUGAAGCAAUUGCUCGAAGGUCUGGGACCAAAGUAGCAGUAAAGAAACUCCGAUGUGAUGCCCCAGAAAAUGUUGAACUGGCGCUGCAAGAAUUUUGGACUCUGGCUAGCCUGGAGAAACGACACGAGAAUGUGGUUCAGUUGGAAGAAUGCGUGUUACAAAGAAAUGGCAUGGCUCAGAAAAUGAGUCAUGGAAAUAAACGUUCCAAGCAGUACUUGCGUUUGGUUGAGACCUCACUGAAAGGCGAGCGAGUGUUGAGCCACCCUGAGGAACCCUGCUACCUUUGGUUUGUCAUGGAGUUCUGUGAAGGGGGUGACCUGAACCAGUUCAUCCUAUCGCGACGGCCAGACCCACAGACCAACAACAGCUUCAUGCUACAACUCACCAGCGCUGUGGCGUUCCUGCAUGAAAACAACAUUGUCCACCGCGACCUCAAACCCGACAACAUCCUCAUAUCAGAGAAGUCUGGAACACCAGUGCUCAAAGUGGCUGACUUUGGGCUCAGCAAGGUGUGUGCUGGUCUCGGGAGAGCAGGCAAGAACAAGAAAGGAGGGAAGGACAAAAACAUAAAUGUUGUAAAUGUCAAUCAGUUCUGGCUGUCUUCUGCAUGUGGCUCAGACUUCUAUAUGGCGCCCGAGGUGUGGGAGGGUCACUACACGGCCAAGGCAGAUAUCUUUGCCCUGGGCAUCAUCAUCUGGGCCAUGCUGGAAAGGAUCACCUUCAUCGAUGCUGAGUCCAAGCGCGAGCUGCUGGGUACCUACGUCAAACAGGGCACGGACAUCGUGCCGGUGGGCGAGGCGCUACUAGAGAAUCCAAAGAUGGUACUGAACAUCCCCCAGAAACGCAGGUCCACCAUGUCAGACGGUGUUAAAAAGCUGUUGCAAGACAUGCUGGCCGUCAACCCUCAGGACCGGCCAGACGCCUUUGAGCUACAGACCAGAGUGGACAAGGUCACAUGUGCUGCCUAACCCCUGCUGUUGGCAUCAAGCCCUUUUACAGAUUUCUCAUUUCCUGGUUCCACUAAAUCAGUGAAAGGGACUCGCAACUCCUGAAAACUGUGAAACGCCAAUCUUAAUAACUGUGAAGACAGCUUUUAACAUGACUGCACUUGAGACCGCAAAUACGUUUUCUUUUUCUGUUUACAGUAAAUCUUCAAAGAUUUGAAUACAGGGAAUGCUUUAAUUAGCCUGAGAUUUUUUGGAUCAAGAAAUAAUAAUGAAGACAACAUGUACUUUAACUGUAUUGAUAUAACAUUUUUGUUAUAUCUGCUGCUUGGCCUUGUUGGAUUGAACACUGAAUGUGUUUUAGUUGUGGCUCAUCACCUGUCAGUGCCAGAACAUGGCAAGCCUCUGGCACAGUGUACAGACAUGUGGCACACAGGGACUAUAUUCUUUACCGCAUCAUUGCUAGAUAUUUGACCGGUUCCUGUCCAGUUUCCCCCAACACAAUUAUAUCUUUGAAAGGGAAGUCUAGAAUGAUGGCUAGGUGGCUGGUUUUAAUCCCUGUCUUCUUGUGUGGACAGUUAGAAACGGGCACUCACUGCACUUUGUUAACCCAUCAGAACUAACUAGGAACAAGAAGCCUAAAUCGUUUGAGAGAGAAAUCCAGCUAAGACCAGUGCCUUGAAAAUGAGUUUACAGUGGAAUUUAAAUAUCCAAUCAAUUUUAUCUUAAUUUUAUACUUUCAUUUUUUGAAUUGGCCUAAAUUGUUGACUGCAGGUGGGGGAUAUGUUGGAAAGUAUGUGCAAUUAGCCAGUGGAUGCCCAUUGCUAUGUUGGAGUGGCAUUAUUACAGUAAUGUCCACCAAAAGAAGAUAGUUUAAUUUAGACUUAGUUUAGACUAAACUUUACUUUUAAUCAUCAAUAGUAUAGGGAUGCAUCAAUAUAAUAAAAACACUAUAAACCCGAUACCUUAUAAUUGAUUUGCCCAUUUGUACACUUGAGUAUAUCAAAUUGUUAAUUUCUUUAUAAGAAAUUACAUGAAUGUCUACAAGUGAAAGCAAGUGUCUUGUAUACAUGGCACGUUGAUUAGAUAUUUAUAUAUAAUUUACAAUUUUUUAAGAUAAUUCUUACAAUACCCAAAUAGCCUUACUGUUUAAAGUUGCAAAAAAAAAAUUGCAGGUACUAAUUGGUUUAGAUUA